GGAGUGUGCUCCUAUAAAGGUUUCCAAACAUAACUUCUUAAGCAAGUAAUACAAAGCUUGCGAUACAAGAAGGGUUGGAAAUGGCAACCAAUGACAAUCUACAGACAAUGAACAAAAACAGAAACUAUUUGGUUGAAAACCUAAGCAAAUCAACAUUUAAGGAUCUCCUGGAUGACCUUCUGCAAGAUAAAGUCCUGAGUGAUGCAGAGAGAGAUGAAAUUCUUGAAACAACUCCAGUCACAAAAGAUCGGGCUCGCAACCUUGUUGACGUGGUGAAGAGGAAAGGAGAGCAGGCAGUAAGUUGCUUCCUGGAUCAUCUUGAAAAACGAGAUGAGAAUCUUUACAAGAACCUACCUGAACCGCCGAAAGGGAAGUCUACGCAGAAACCAACAGGUGAAAGAAGAUCAUUCGCGAAGGACAGGCCCAAGCCUGAUAACUUCUGAAAAUUCAAUCCAAAGUGUAACUGCAUGAAUCAAUUACCUCAAUAACUUCUUUAAAUGUGAGCAAGAUGGGCGAUUACCAGUGAUAACUGUGCCAUUUUCUGUAAUGUAAAUAGACAUUAAAGUCAAACUCAAAUGA